AGCCCACUGUGCCUCAUGGAGGAGUUGGUCUUGGGGAGACCUGGCUGGACCCCAAACCUGUUGGGUUCCACAGUGAGGCUCGCUUUACUGAUUCAGAGCACGGGAGUCGGGUGGGCAUCUGAGUGCUGCCAUCCCAUCUGCUCCCACUGGGAGAGUAUCGUGCGAGUCAGAGUUGGGGGGAGUGUCUGCAGAUCACCCACCUGACAAGGGUCUGGUCUCCAGAAUAGAUAAGAACCCUUACAGCUCAACAAUGAGAAGACAAAUGCCCAGUUUAAAAAAUGAGCAAAGGACUUGACAUUUCUCCAAAGAAGGUAGAGAGAUGGCUGAGAAGCACAUGAAGGAUGGUCAGUCUUUAGGGAAACAGGUCAAAACCACAGUGAUGCCACUUCAUACCCAUUAGGCUAGCUAUUGCCAAAAAUGGGAAAUGGCAAAUGUUGGUGAGGAUGUAGAGAAAUUGGAGCCCUCAUCCACUACUGGUGUGAAUGCAAAACAGCCACUUUGGAGAACAGUUGGGCAGUUCCUCAAAAAGGAGUUACCGUUUGACUCGGCAGUUCCACCCCUAGGUAUAUAUGCAAGAACUGAAAACAUGUCCACACAAAAGCUUGUACAUAAAUGUUCCUAGUGACAUUAUUCAUAGUAGCCAAAAAGUGGGAACAACCCAAAAUAUCCAUGAGCUGAUGAACAGAUAAAAUGUGAUCCCUCCAUACAAUGGAAUAUUAUUCAGCCAUAAAAAAGGAAUGAAGUACUGACACAUGCUACAACUUGGAUGAACCCUGAAAACAUGCUAAGUGAAAGAAACCAGACAGAAAAAUCCACAUACUGUGUGAUUCUGUUGAUACAAAAUGUCCAGACUAGGCAAAUCCAUAGAGGCCAACAGUAGAUUAGCGGUUGCUGGGGGGUGGCGGGGAUGGGGAGUGACUUUUCACGGGUAUGGAGUUUCCCUUCGGGGUGAUGAAAUGGCCUGAACUUCGUGGUGGUGAUUGCACAACCUUGUGAAUAGACUAAAAACCACUGGGCUGUACACUUUAAAAGGAUGGAUUAUAUGGUAUGUAAAUUAUAUCUUAAUAAAAAAUAGAACCAAGGGAGUAAUGUAAGUAGGGGGGCUUGUCAGCUGUCGAGGGCUUUCUCUGACUCCAGGCUCUUCCUUUGGACAAGGGAACCGAGGAGCGAGGGAUGAUGUGGCCUUGUGGUGGGAGGGCGGCAGGGCCAAGGGGCUACGACGGGGCUGUCACCGGAAAGGAUGGAGCCGCCCUGCUCUUGCUCUGGCUCCCUGGUUGGGGAUGGAAGGCCAGAGGGAGGCUCCUGGCACCUGGGGUGCAGGAAUUUCAGGCACGUGGCCCUGGGCCCACGUUUCCAGAGAUUGGCGUCCUCCCCAGGGCUGGGAGGCUGCAUGGAGCCUGAAUUCAGACAUGGGACUUGGGGGGUGGCCUGGCUGGCAUUUAGGGGUGCAGUGGCCUCUCCCUCAGCCCUGGUGGUGGGAGCUGGCACGGGCUGCCCGGCACUAGAACCCUGCCCAGCUCCCUCCCGUGGUGGGCUGGGCUGGUGGGGGGGGUGGGGGGUUCAUUUAGGUUUUCAGGUCUUUCCAGCUCUUGGCCAGCCAGGCAGCCUGACUAACCAGCUCCUCCAGGCCCGAGGUGUUGGGGGAGGGGCACAGCAGGAGGCAGCCAGAUCAGCCCCAGGCUGUGGAUGUGGAAGAAGGCUCUGCGGUCAGGCAGCCAUCAUGGGGCUCCUCCAGAGGCAGCCUCACCUGCAGCUGCUGCUCCUCGUGGUGACACUGGUGUGGCCUCAGCCCUGCAUGAGCCUGGAGCUGGUCCCCUACACGCCACGGAUAACAGCCUGGGACCUGGAAGGGAAGGUCACGGCCACCACGUUCUCCUUGGAGCAGCCGCGCUGUGUCCUGGACCGGCAUGCCCGUGGUGCCGACACCCUCUGGCUGGUGGUGGCAUUUAGCAAUGCCUCCAGGGACUUCCAGAACCCGCAGACACUGGCGGAGAUCCCAGCCUCCGCACAGCUGCUGACUGAUGGCCACUAUAUGACACUGCCCCUGGCCCUGGACCAGCUGCCCUGCGAGGACCCUGUGGGUGGCAGCAGCGCCCCCGUGCUGCGGGUGGGCAAUGACCCCGGCUGCCUUGCUGACCUCCACCAGCCGCCAUACUGCAAUGCCCCCCUCCCCAGCCCUGGACCUUACAGGGUGAAGUUCCUUCUGAUGGACACCAGGGGCUCGCCCCAAGCCGAGACCAGGUGGUCUGAGCCCAUUGCCCUCCACCAAGGGAAGUCCCCAGGCUCCAUCGACACGUGGCCAGGGCGGCGGAGUGGUGACAUGAUCGUCAUCACCUCGAUCCUCUCUUCUCUGGCCGGCCUCCUGCUCCUGGCCUUCCUGGCAGCCUCCACUGUGCGCUUCUCUAGCCUGUGGUGGCCUGAGGAGGCCCCUGAGCAGCUGCGGAUCGGCUCCUUCAUGGGCAAGCGCUACAUGACCCACCACAUCCCGCCCAGCGAGGCUGCCACCCUGCCCGUGGGCUGUGAGCCUGGCCUGGACCCCCUCCCCAGCCUCAGCCCCUAGGCUGGCCUAUGUGGCUGGAGCUGGGGCAGUGGGGGUGAGGGGGGACAAGUGCACCGAGCUCCUUCCCAGCCCUUGCACCCACGUGCCCCGCCCCCAUUGCACACCUCCCUCUUCCUGAAAUCCCACCACUAGCAGCCACGCCUUUCCUGUUUCCAUACCCUCUCCAGGCUACUGAAGUUGCAUUCAGGGGAGUUUGGGGGAGCGGUGUGGUCAGGCUGGGCCUCCAGCCCCCACCUCCAUCUCUACCUCUGUUCUGCCUGGCCUCCUGCCGGAGGUAGUGUAGAGAGGCAGCCCUGACUGGAAGCUUCCAGGCCCAGGAGGAGGCCUGCAGGGGCCUUGCUCUGCCCUGUGCAGGGGCUGGGCUGGGCCCAUACCGGGUGUAUGAGGCCUGAGCUUUCCCCGUCCCUGUGUCCCACGCACCAGCGGCUGGGGCUUUAGAGGCACCUCCAUUGUCCCUGGUCCUUUCUGAGGGUGGCACUCACCAGCCAGAAAGUCGACAGUGUAGGGGUCUGCACAUUAUUACCAUCCGGCCACCACUUCCAACCCCCUUGCACACACAGACGGCUCACGCAUUUAUCCACUCACUCUCACUCCACAAACAUUUAUUGAACACCUGCUGCAUGCCACGCAGUGUUGGACGUGGGGCCUCAGGCAGAGCCAGUCCUGAUCUUGGGGAGUUCACUCACUGCUCUGGGCCUCAGAUGACCACGGGUCCAGAUGUGACCUGUUACUGCUGGGGGGGCUGUCACACCCUCAGAUUGUCACAUACCAUCGGGCUCACACCUUCAGACAAUCACCCCAGUGGGCUCUCUGAACCCCCCAUCACCGGGGAGGUCCCGCUUCAGACAUCCCUCAGCAUCCCUCUGGCCGCAGGGCCCGUGAUUUCCUGAGUAGCCGCACGGGGGCGAUGGUGGACCGCAGGCACACGGCCCUGCGCAUGCGCACUCCUCUCCACAGGCUCGCGAGGCUGUUGGCCGGUGGGCUCCUGCUUGGCGACCUGAUGUCGCAGAGCCGGGUGUCUGGAGGUCAGGGCUCCUGGUCUCACCGCGGCCAUGCCGGAGGGAUCCGCACUCACGCUCCCGCUUGAGGGUCUCCUGUGCCGUCCAAUCCGCGCAGCCGCCAAGGUUUUCUAGAUGGAGAAACCGAGGCUCGGUGACUUGCCCCUGCGCUGUCCACUGCCGCCCAUCCCAUGUCCCUGGGCCACUCCCGGCACGUCCAGUCUGACCGCGGCUCCCAGCGCGCAGGCCCCCGCGGAGGGCCCGGCGGUGGCCAGCAGGGGUCCCCCCCCUUUGGAGGUGAAUAAAUGCCGUCUGGCUCUCCCACCCUCUCCGAGUGGUGCCCGCAUGGUUUGGGGAGAGGAACAUUUGCACGCGGGACCCAGCCUGGCCUCCUCUCUCUAGCCCACCCUGCCAGCGGCCCCGGGGCUGCCCUGAGCUCGUCGCCUUGAUUGCUAUCCCGGCUUGUACUUUGGGAUGUGUGCUGCAGGGUUGGGAAGCCCACUACUAAUGUGGAUUGAGCAGCCCUCCCUCCCAGGCAGAUGCUCCAGAGGAGUCUUUGCUUUCAAAACCCCUGAACCCCUAGUCCCUGAAGGCCUUCCCCCUCCUGCCUGCACCCCCACCAGCCACAGGUGCAGACAGAAGCAGGUUCAAGUGCAAGCAGGAGCCUAGGCCCUGGGGGGCUGGGUGACAUCUGGCAGUGGGAGCCAGCCCCGUUGGGCACCGCUUGUGAGAUUCUGCAGCUGUGGAGCCCAGGUCCCUCUUGGCCUCUUGGAAUUGGAGGAGAGUUAAAAGGGCCCCCUACUCUCACCAACUACCCCCGGUGAGCCUAUCUCAUACUGUCCUGUCCAGGCUGGCUCCAACACUGGACAGGAAGGCCCUCGAAGCCGGGACGCCCGGCGUGGGGCUUGCCCAUGGUGGGUAUGGCUCGGAGAAAGAGGCGUCCACUGGCAUUUGCUGGGUGAAAACGUGAAUGAACCCAAUCUGGGCCAAAGUACCGGCCAGGAUCCGGAAUUGCCCCAGGCUUUUGUGUGUCCCCGGGCCCUCUGGUGGCUUGUCUUAGUGCUGGAAUCUGCGCUGCUCCCGGGCGCAGCCCUGGUGACGUCCUGGGCGUGCCCACGGCUGCCUCUCGCUUCUGAACAGCCCUGGAGAGCUCUGAGGAGCUGCUCUCACCCCUUCGGGCCGCCUGGGGCUUGACCAUUGGGUCAGGCUCCACACGGACAUUGCAACACGCUGGGUGAAGACUGUAGAGUAUAGCCCAGGGCCGGGGAGCCCAGAGGAGGCAAGUGACCCCACCUGAGGGUCAAGGCGGCUUCCUAGGGGUCAUUUCUGAGCUGAGCCUUAAGGACCAAAUGGAAGUUAGUCAAGUGG